AUGGCAGAAAGAAUACUACAAGAUAUAGCUGAACAAAAAAAGCGUCUGGCAAUAGCGCAAAUCAAUAAAAACACGGCAGAGAAAGCAGUUGCCUACUACAAUCUAGGCAAAGCUUAUGACUCCCUCGGUGACUUCCAUCAAGCAAUAGAGUACCUAAAGCUAUACUUGAGCAUUGCUAAGGAAGUCGGUGACAGAGCAGGAUCAGUAGGAUGUGUCUGUGGCACACUCGGCGGUGCUUACCAAUCCCUCGGUGACUACCAAAGAGCAAUAGAGUACCACAAUCAACACCUCAGGAUUGCCAAGGAAGUUGGUAACAGGGCAUGUCAAGGCAAAGCCUAUUACAAUCUCGGCCUUGCUUAUUACAGCCUUAAAGAAUUCCAAAGAGCAAUAUUGUACUACAAUCAAGGCCUCAGAAUUGCCAAGGAAGUUGAUGACAGGGAAAUUGAAGGAAGUGCCUAUAACAAUCUCGGCGCUACUUAUAGAAGCCUUAAUGAAUUCCAAAGAGCAAUAGAGUACUACAAUGAAUUCCUCAUCAUUGCCAAGAAAGUUGGUGACAGGGCAGGGCAAGGUAAAGCCUAUGCCAAUCUCGGUGUUGCUUAUCGUCGCCUUAAUGAAUUCCAAAGAGCAAUAGAGUACACCAAUAAACAACUCAUCAUUGCCGAGGAAGUUGGUGACAGGGCAGGGCAAGGCGAAGCCUAUGCCAAUCUCGGCCUUGCUUAUCACAGCCUUAAUGAAUUCCAAAGAGCAAUAGAGUACAGCAAUAAACACCUCAUCAUUGCCGAGGAAGUUGGUGACAGGGCAGGGCAAGGCGAAGCCUAUGCCAAUCUCGGUGUUGCUUAUCAUCGCCUUAAUGAAUUCCAAAGAGCAAUAGAGUACUACAAUAGAUGGCUCAGCAUUGCCAAGGAAGUUGGUGACAGGGAAGCGCAAGGCAUAGCCUAUAGCAAUCUCAGCAAAAUUCAUUCCGUUCUCGGCGAAUUCCAACGAGCAGAAGAGUGCCACAAUCAAUCCCUCAUCAUUGCCGAGGAAGUUGGUGACAGGGCAAUGAAAGGCGCAACCUAUGCCAAUCUCGGCAGCCUUUAUCGCAGCCUUGAAGACUUCCGACGAGAAAAGGAGUGCUACGAGAAAGCGUUGAGCAUUUUCAAGGAAGUCGGUGACAGACAAGGAAAAGCACAUGCCUAUUUAAGAAUCGGCAACGUUUAUGGUUCCCUCAGCGACUUGCCACGAGCAAUGGAGUACUACAAGCAAUCCCUGAGCAAUGCUGAGGAAAUCGAUGACAGGGAAGGACAAGGAAAUGCCUAUUGCCACCUCGGAAGUUGUUAUACAGAUCUCCACGACUUCAAGGAAGCAAAAGAGUGUUACAAGCAACACCUUAGGAUUGCCGAGGAAAUCGGUGACAGGACGGGAGAAGCAUGUGCCCAUGACGGUCUGGGUCAAUCUUUUUUGUAUUCAUAUUCUUUGAAUGAGGCUUUAGAACAUUUUAGAUGCUGUGUUAAAAUCUAUGACAGUAUUAGAGCCCAUUCUAUCUCGGAAGAUCAAUUGAAAAUAAGUUUCCGUGCGCAACAUCAAUUUGCCUAUACUCAUUUAUGGCAGGUUUUAGUAAUGCUUCAAAGGAAUGAUGAGGCUUUAUACGCUGCUGAGAGGGGACGGGCACAGGCUUUACUCGAUGCCUUAAAAGUAACUUAUGGCCUUACAUCACCUUCUCCCAGGUCAAUUGAAUCUGAAGAAGAAGUCAGAAAUAUUUCAAGGAAGACAACUGUUUUAACAGUUUUUCUUGCCCUUCAUUUGGAAACAGUGAAUAUCUGGGUGUUGGGAAAAGAAGACAACCCUAUCUUUAGGGGAUUGAAGUUACAAGGAAUUGGAAAAGAGCACAAAGAUUCCUUUUCUGUCCUUUUAGACAGUGUUUUAAAAACCAUUGGGGCUGGCAGAGGUAUCAGGUGUGAAAAUUGGUCAAUGGAUAAGCUGAGUACAACAACUUCAACUACUCGAGACGAACAUCAAGCAUCGGAGGCAUCACAGGAGACCACCGACUGCUUGCAGCAAUUAUAUGAUGUACUUAUUGGUCCCAUUGAAGACUUGCUUGAUGGUGAUGAACUAAUUGUAGUUCCUGACGGCGCUUUGUCUAAAGCUCCUUGGGCAGCCCUGAGUGAAACUUUAAGGAUCCGCACUGUUCCCUCACUGACAAGUUUGAAAGUCAUCACAGAUUCUCCAAUUGAAUACCACAGUAAAAGUGGAGCCCUGCUUGUUGGAGAUCCAUGCUUGAAGAAAAUUACAGAUAGACGGGGGAACCCCAUUUAUGAUCCACUGAAGCACGCAAAAGAGGAAGUGGAGAUGAUUGGAGAAAUUCUAAAGAUUCAACCCUUAACAGGUGAAGAUGCAACCAAAGAAGCGGUACUUCAGAGAAUCGCGUCAGUUGCUUUGGUUCACAUCGCAGCCCACGGAAAAAAGGAAAAAGGAGAAAUUGUUUUAGCUCCAGACCCCCAAUGGGAAUCCGACACUCCUAAGGAGGAGGACUGCAUUAUGAAAAUGUCUGACAUACAAGCUGUGAAGCUGAGAGCGAGGCUUGUUGUGCUUAGUUACAGCCACAGUGGUCAAGGAGAGGUAUCGUCUGAGGGUGUGGUCGGUAUGGCACGUGCUUUCUUGUUUGCUGGUGCUCGUUCCGUGCUGGCGACACUCUGGGCAAUUGAUGACGAAGCCACAAUGAUGUUUAUGAAAUCUUUCUACCAACAACUUGCAAGUGGAGAAAGUGCAAGUGUUGCUCUUCAGAGGGCCAUGAAAUGUCUUCGAGACUCCCACGAUUAUUCUGCUCCAAAGUACUGGGCUCCUUUUGUUCUGAUGGGCGAUGACGUUAAGAUUGACAUUGAGCAAGUCGUAAGUGCAGAUUUUUUUUUCUUGCUGUUCUAGUGACAAAAGGCUUAAGAAGAAAAGCUAGAACCAUUCUUGUCAAAUUCAGAUAAGAGGAAAAUGACAGACUUGAUAAUAAAAAGAAUAAAAAUAUGUAUAAAGUAAGGAUGGGUUGGGUGGUAAGUGUUAAAUUAUUAUGGAUUCACUCAAGUAAAUGUUAUUCCUAACGGGCUACCAACACAUUUCAAAAAUCAAUUGAACACUAGGCAUUGCUUAAUGUUCUCAGUUGUUAAAUAGUUUAGGUCAGGUGUGGAUAAAAGAUAUACAUACGGAAUAAGUUUCCUUCGUUUUUCUACAGGACUAGCACUAUAUGUAGAGAAAUUCAUAGCUUCAAAACGAACAAAUAUGUCAAAGAUGUUAAAUGUUCUUCAUUUUGCUAUUUUUCAUAUCAUCAUCCAUGGCAUCCUAAAAUUUAACGCUUUGACCUUUAUUUUGUUUUGAAAUGAAACAUUAAUUAAUGUAUCAAUUGUUACUUUCUUUACAGGGAUGUGCUGAAAGUUUGAUGUCAACACAACUGCUGAAGUAGCGUGUAUAUAUCUGGAUCUCCACAAAGAAAGAAGUGCGUUAUUUAAUAGCUGUCCUCAAUGGGGCGUUUGGUAAAAAAAGCGUAUUUUCAUUUUAGUCAUUUUUUGUCAGAAGAUAUUAAAUAGAGAGAUUUAUAGUCACGCUAACGGCAAAUGGCAAACGUCUACAGAUUCAAGUUGAGAAUUUCUCAAAAUAGAAAAUAUGCAGAUAAAAUGAAAACAGCUCAAAGCAAUUCUUAUGGAUAAAACUAACUUGAAACUAACAAUUUUUUGUAGAUCUAAUUAACAGAAAACGAGAAAGCUCGAGAAGUAAAGGGAACACUUAGUCACGUGGUACAAAUCCACGGUUUGCCGUAAACGAAACUCUAAAUCUCUCUAAUUAAAAACAAAAAAAAAAAAAACGUUGUAAAUCAAAGGGUAUACUGUAUACUGUGGAGCUCUAUAUUAGCCACGCCGGCUACACUUAUCAAUUAUAACUUUGGAAAAAGACAAACAAUUUUCGUGGGGAAAGAACUUAACGUUGUUUACAAGUAUUUCGUUACUCCCGCGAAACUGACUGAAUAGUAGUACACAUGAUUGCCAUUUUUCUCGUGUAACCUACCUUAACAUGCAAAUUGUAAUUUGGCAAAGGCAAAUUGCAUUGAAAUAACUGUAAUAUUGAUGAUAAUAAUCAUUCUUAUCAUCAUAAUCUUAAUAAUUCCUUUUCAGUUUUUUCCCCUCGGCUUUAAAGCAAAUGACUGAAACAAAUAAUUCAAAUGAAUUUAACAGGGUUAACCCUCGGACGUACACGCAAAUUCAUACCUCAGCGUGGUAUAAGAGGGAGGGGUGGAUGGAACCCCUCCCCAGAGUUUUUGAUCAUGAUAAUUUGCAGUAUUUCGAAACGAUUUUGCCUCCAGUGGAAAGCCUUUAAUCUAG